AAUCAUGAGCAGCUUACGACACUCAGUGAACACUAGGUGCCUCUGCAUGCUCUACCAACAUACUGCUCGGCUGAAGGGAAAGGAUUCUUGCUGUCUCUCUGCUCUAAGCAUCACCUAACAAGCAAAGCGAACAAAGAAUGGGAAAUAAAGCUACCCUUAGCCGGUCAGUGAAUGCAUGGUAAUCUCUCUAUGGAGUAAAGGUUGUGCCGGUCAAUGGUCGUUGCAAAUGAUGGACAUUAAACAGAUUGCCAAAUCCUGUGGAGUCGUUAGUAAAGAGUUUGGAGUUUUUUUCACGCCACAGUGUUAACUGCAGAGAAAAGGACAGAGGGAGAAGGAGAAGAUCAAGCUCAUGCACAUAGUUCUGAAACUUGCAGGUCCUAGGAGUCAGCUAAAAGCUAGCUGGACAAGCCUUGAGCUCUUUGAGCAGAAGCGAAGUGAGACAUUGUGCGCUUGCCAGCCUUGCACAGCUCUGAAAGGGACCGAAUUUGUAGCACAGAGGGGUCUUUUUUAGCUCUGCAUAUAAUUAGUCCAAACACAAAGGAAGCAACUGAAUGGAGGUUGUCACUCUCUGGAAAAGGGUGGGUAAGACACUUUUUAAUUAAAUUCUUUCAUGAAGAAAGAUUUUUUUUUUCUUUGCUGCAGCUUUUAACAUGAACAAAAUCACUAUCAUUUUACCUUUGAAUGUCUGUGAACUUUAAUGCUGCGCAGCUCCUGCAUGCUGUAAAGUGAAAUAUUUGGCUCUGUGUUUGUUCCGUUUGCUGUUUUGCUUUGGUCUGGGCUUUUUUUUUUUUUUUGGUCGUUGUUUAUUUUCUUUCUUGUUGUUGUUUUUCCUCUUAAAUAAAAUAUGAUGUAGAAUUUGAAAAGAUUCAAUGGACAUUCUCGAGCAUAUUUGGAAAUAUUCUUGCUAAUGGAUUUCCUUCUUAUCGGUCUCUGUUUAAACUGGCUGCUGAGGAAGCCCCCGGGGUUGAUAUUGUGUACGCUGGGUAUCUUUUCUAAAAUGCUUCCAGCCGUGAAUAGUGGGUGUCCACAGCUAUGUCGGUGUGAGGGCAGGCUUUUGUACUGUGAAUCACUGAAUCUCACAGAGAUGCCUCGCAACCUGUCGGGCAUGAUGGGCUUGUCUCUGCGGUACAACAGCCUUUCAGAGCUGCAUGACGGACAGUUCACAGGGUUAAUGCAGCUCACGUGGCUCUAUCUGGAUCACAAUCACAUUUGCUCAGUGGAGGGGAAUGCCUUUCAAAAAUUGCGGCGAGUUAAGGAGCUCACCCUGAGUUCCAACAAAAUCACCCAACUGCCCAACAACACGUUCCGACCCAUGCCAAACUUGCGCAGUGUGGAUUUAUCGUACAACAACCUGCAGUCGCUGGAGCCCGACCUGUUUCACGGGCUGAGAAAACUCACGACUUUGCACAUGCGGUCAAACGCCAUCAAGUUUGUGCCAGUGAGAAUUUUUCAGGACUGUCGUAGCCUGAAGUUCCUAGACAUAGGAUACAAUCAGUUAAAGAGCCUGGCUCGAAACUCUUUUGCGGGCUUGUUUAAGCUCACCGAGCUGCACCUCGAGCACAAUGACUUGGUGAAGGUGAAUUUAGCCCACUUCCCCAGGCUCAUCUCCCUGCACUCGCUCUGCUUGCGACGGAAUAAAGUCACCAUCGUCGUCAACACUUUGGACUGGAUAUGGCAACUGGAAAAACUCGAUCUCUCUGGCAACGAAAUCGAGUACAUCGAACCUCACGUCUUCGAAAGCGUGCCUCACCUCAAGUCCCUGCAGCUGGACUCCAACCGGCUGACCUACAUCGACUCGCGCAUCCUGGACUCCUGGAAGUCUCUCACGAGCAUCAGCCUGUCGGCCAACACCUGGGACUGCGGCCGCAACGUCUGUGCCCUGGCCUCAUGGCUGAGCAGCUUCAAGGGCCGCUACGACAGCAACCUGCUCUGUGCUACCCCCGAGUACGCGCAGGGUGAGGACGUUUUGGAUGCGGUCUAUGCUUUCCACCUGUGCGAGGACACGGUUGACCCCACCAGUGUCAACACUCUGUCCCCCAUGAUCAACAACAGCGACCAAAUGUUUGGCUAUGGCUCGGCUGCUGCCACGGCCUACGCGCCAGAGGCCGAUGAGGAGCCAACAACGUAUGCCAUCACCGUGACGCUGCCCGGCGAAGGCGCGGAGAACGCCGUGCAGAUUCACAAGGUGGUGACAGGGACCAUGGCACUGAUUUUUAGCUUCCUCAUCGUGGUUUUAGUGUUGUAUGUCUCCUGGAAGUGCUUUCCAGCCAGCAUAAGGCAGCUAAGACAGUGCUUUGUAACACAGCGCAGGAAGCAGAAGCAGAAACAGACCAUGCAUCAAAUGGCUGCCAUGUCAGCCCAGGAGUAUUAUGUUGAUUACAAACCCAACCACAUCGAGGGAGCCCUGGUGAUCAUUAACGAGUACGGAUCUUGCUCCUGCCACCAGCAGCCAGCGAGGGAGUGCGAGGUGUGAUUUGCCUUGGGGAUUUACACAGUGUGCAACCAAAUAGCGGCGUGCAGACGGGGAGCAGAGUGGGGGGUUUGCGGGGCUUUGCUGAGGAUUUCGUGGGCACUCCUCUGCUGAAAUCACAGGAGGAGCUGUCAGCAGAACUUGAUAUUUUAGCUUUAUCAUGUCUUAAAAUCUUCAGGACAGCCAAUCUUAAGAUUUCCUAUGCUAAUACUCCCUUUGAAGAUCUGUCAAUAUUCAGGAAACUGAGAGUGUAAAAAAGGUACUGAUUAUUGAUCUUUUGUAAACUAAGGAAAAUGUUUAAAAUAAAAAAAAAUAGCAUUUACAGUUUUUACAGACUGGUGUAUAUUACCUGAAUUGUUCCCUGUAUACAAAAUGCAACAGUUUAACCUUUUUUUCUCUUCGUUCUGAGUGUUGAAAUGAAAGCCUGGGAGCAAAGAAGCCACGUAAAAUAGGCUGAUAAAAAUUAACCCAAUGGCUUCCCGUUGUAAUUAGUGCACAUUCACUUCCAUCGUUCUACUGGUGAUAUGAAGCAUGACACCAGAAUUCUAUCUGUGUUCCUGUGCUACCUGUAACUGGAUGUUAGUGCAGUCAGUGCACUCCAGAGGGGCUGAAGUUCUGCCCAUGCCCCAUAACUGGGUGUCAAAGGGGUUUUUAAGCACAGCUCACUUGUAUGUUGCUGUAAGAGCCAUAAAAACUGCAUCGUAACCAUUAAAAUAUUUUUUUUUUAAUCAAAACAGAUCAUAUUGCAAAGUCUUGUAAAGAAAUGAACAACUGAAAUGCUGCUGAAAAAGCUCUAGUCAUCGUCUUCUUUGAAACAAAAAUCUGAGUAAAUCCUAAGUGUAAGGGCUUUUGCUAGCGUUUCCCACUUCUAUGCUUGCUCUGAGCUAUGAACAGAGCAAAGAAACCCCUGCUUUAUGCACUGUAGAGCCACACUGAGAGGCAAGCAGGAGCACUUCAGUGCUCAGUGCUGCAACCUGUGUGUGUUUGGGGCUGAGUGGGACAGAGCUACCUAAGCAUACUUCUGGGUUCCCAGGCAUAUGCUAGCAAAGCUCACCUUGUGCCUCUCACUGCCCUCACCAACAAAACAGCCUGAAACCCAUACUGAGGCUUUAAGCAUAGGAACCCUCCCUACCAAUGACUGAUCCAUGGGAUUUAUGGGUAUGAACAGUGAUUUGAUAAUGUAGAAUCACACGGCUGCUUUAUUCUGAUUGCCCUUAAAUAAAGGCUUCCUUUCCUUGUAUUUUGGAUUUUUCAUUCUAGUACAUGAACAACCUACUGCUUGAUCUUUCAAACAACUCCCCUCAUACUAAUGAAGGUGAGGCAGUUUUAUAACACCAAGCAGAGCAUCUUGAAUUUCUCUCCAUAUAGCAUUACAUGCUAAUAAAAUGCUGCAGAUAAGAGAACCAGGAAACAUUUUUUAAUGCUUUGUGCAAUUUUCCCUAUCCCUAAGAUGCAAGUGAGGAAAACUCCAGAAAUCUAACAGGAAUUUUAAUAGAACAUAGAGGUUUUUUUCUUUUAUUUCUCUUUUUUUCCAUAGCAUCCAAGUGCUACCUACUCUUAAAAGGAUACAGCAGUCUUACAAAGAAGAGAUUAGGCACAGCUCAUGUAAUUUUUUUACUGCAUAGCAGCUUUUUUAGCUGCUAAUUUUAACCAUAAAGAGUGAGUUUUAUAUUUUUCCUAACUGACACUAUUUUUAAGGGGUCAAAACUUAUAUCUUCCUCUACUUUGUACAUACAUCACUCUGUUUAAUAUUAAAUAUGAGAUAGCCUUCUAGUAAAAAUAUAUAUAUAUAUAUUAUAAGAGACUGUAAUGUUAUUGAUGAGAUCAAUGAGAAUAUGCAUUGGGAGAGGAUUCUUCAGGGGAAUUGUAAUAAAAAUAGACCUUUUAAAUCAAAGCCACUGAAAAAUUACCCCCAGGUUUGAAAUAAGCUGUCAAACUGGCCCUUUAUCUACUUAAACAACUGUACAUUUCUGUUUCUUUGCCUCAAACACACAGGGGCCUGAUCCAUCCCCAAAUUCUCAAUAUCGGAACUUUCAAUAGAGGAACCUAUGAGCAAAGGCAAUGUAGGUAAGGGGAGAAAUUACUUCAUGCCAUGCUGACUGAGACCAGAAAUGUAUAUUUUCCCCUUUAAAGACCUCUCUGAAAUCAACACAGAUCUAAGGUUAACUUUGGACUAUGUUACACAUUCCUCAAAUCAACAUUCAGCACUGCAGUCAGAAUGACUGAUUACAGCUAAACGCCAGAAAGCUUCCAAAACUAACCAAGGCUGUUAAUAUAUUGUCUACAUAUGGUAAAAUAAUAAUAAUAAAAAUAAUAAAAAGAAAAAAAAAAGGAAAAAACAACAAACAAAAUCAUUCUUUCCAUAGUGACCCCCUGUUACUUGAAGGGAAUGUAUUAGUGCUGUCAUGUUUUUGGCCCUGUAAAUCUGAUGCAAAUCUGAUAUUGACAAAUGAUUAUCCUGUGCUUGUAUUUCUAUGUAUUUUUUAGAAUAGCUGUGGGUUGUAUUUUAAACACACCUCUCUGGAAUGAUUCCUGUUGUUUAUUGGUGUUAGCAAUCUCAAGCAAAGUUUGCAAGAUGUGAGCAAUUCUGCCUUUGCAAUUUAUUCACCCCGUGCUUCAUGCUCGAGUGACAGCUUGAGUAAACUGAACAGAACAUUUGGCUUUCAAGGGGCAGUGAUUCCAGAAGUGAGGGUGAAUUUCAGUAUUGCCUGUUGCCAUUUCUCCUGGAGAGAGGUAAUAACCACCAAUGGCUUGCCGCCCCAGCAGGAUGAUGGAUGAACUCUCCAUGGAGAGGACAGCACUUUAUUAAACUGCCAAAAAUGAGCUGUUACACAAUCUUCAUGCAAAAAUUUUUAUAAGGAUAAUGUCUUCUAGAAACAGCCCCCUGAUUAUCUCUAGAUAUCUGGAUACUCAUCUACUGGUGGAAAGAAGAAUGCCACCUGUUCCAUGGCACAGAGGUGCUGUAUUGGCUGCCUAUAUUUGUUCUAAAAGUUUAUAUGACAAAACAUGGAUAAUAAAAAGGAUGCAAGGAUUUAAUUUCAAUUCAGCUCUUACAAACCCAGUUAUUCAUCCUGCAACUGGCUGCUCGCAUUGCUAUAUAUGAGAAGUCUUCUACGUGUAAUGUAUUUAUGGCAACUGCAGGAAUACAUUUUCCCCUCACCAUUCCUUUCAGAUUUCAUGAUUACCAGCUGUCCAGACAUAUGUCAUUCCCUCUCUUUUGAUCCCCUUACCCUGGCUCACUCUAUAGCUCCAAAAAAAAAAAAAAAAAAAAAAAAAAAAAAAAAAAAAAAAAAAGGAAGAAGAAGGGAAAAAAACAAACAAAAAACCUGAUACUUUUGGGGCUAGCUGUGACAGUUUCUUGUUGAGAUUAUUGGGAAAUAUCAAAGGAACUAAAAUAUGUUAAAUAGUCCCCUUUGAAUGUUCCACUUAACAGGACUAAUCUGCCUUUUAUAAUUAGCUAAUUAACAUUAUUUUCUUAUUUUUUUUUGUGUUCUUACAUGUAAGACAGGGUGAAAGGCAUGAGAAAGAGCCAUCAUUUUUGAGGAUGGUUAACACUAUCAGUGUUAUAGAUCUCUAAUAUGCAAUCUCUUGCUGCUAACAUCAAUACACACUCACAGUGCACCCAGUGUUGAAGGAACUGUUGCUGUGUAUGCUUUGAAUGUAUAUAAGGGAUAAUUUAUUUUCCUUUCUGUCUUUUUUCCUUUUGUUCUGUACUAAAAAGAAAAAAAGAAAAAAAAAAAGGAAGUGAUAUGAAACCACAGAAUCAAUGCUAAUGUAUCACAUUCUGCUUCUGGCCUGAAUAUAUAAAAAUACAAAGAAAUUCUGUGUUAAAGCUGCAAAUUCCCUCCUUUACCAUACUGUCUCAGUACUGCAGGGGGCUAGGGCAGUGUGAAGAUGCAGCUCCAUGCUUGGGUAUUAACUGCCUUGCACAUGGGUGCAAAAAUCAUUACUGAUACCUAAGGAUAUUUGUGUAUGCUGUAGUAGAUGCUCUGUGAUUCUAUAGCAAAGGUACUGAGGGGUACUUGAAGUGCACCUAGUUGGUUGUUUUCUCUGGCUCCAGUAAAGAGCCUCUCGUUUGCUUUUGAGAUGGACUAAAUUUGUUUCUUGAACAUGUCUGGUUCUGCAUUAAUAGCAAAAGGAUGCUCUGAAUACCCCCUCCCUCCCGCUUCUCCAGUGGUAUUCAGUAUGGCAAAUAAGUAUUUAUUUAGGAAGCUUAUUAGCUAUGAUAAUAAUAAUAAUAAUAAAAGAAAUGAAGAGGUGACAAAAAAAAUGAGAGAAAGGACUGGAGAAAUGAAAAGGAAAUGAAGCUGUGGUUUGGCUUCCUCUGCCUUUUCGUUUGAAAGAUGGAAAAUCUAAAGGACCAACACACAUGAAAACCAAGAUUGAAGGUGGGUGAAGAAAGCAGUUUUAAAAUCUGUGCAAGCAGGGAUGAAGCAGCUCCUGGAGAGGAAGGCACCACAGCAAACAGCUCCAUUGAACAAGAAAGAGAGAAGGAAGGGACAAGGGCACAGAUGAAAGGGAAGAUGAAACCUGGUGAGAAAGCGAGGGGACUGCCACACACACCAGGUAAAUGAGAUUCUUCAGUGCCUUCACCUCCUACACAGAAAGGGCAAACAGCAGUGGUUUGAACAUGACACCCAGCCCCUCUCCCUCUUUCUGUCUUCUCAAACAUACACACAUUUUGACAUGGGUUAGUGGGCAUAGUGGGGAUGGGUUGACGGUUGGACUUGAUCUUAGAGGUCUUUUCCAAUCUUAAUGAUACUAUGAUUCUAUGUUUGUUCACCUUUCCACUGCCUAUUCCACUACUUUUGCUGGCUGGACUUUCUAUCUACCCCCAGCACAGCUUACCGUGCACUUUCUAGAAAAUCAGGCUUUUAUAACCAACUUAUCUCAGUUUUUUCCAUCCUUUAAGGUGGAAAAACUCAUCCUCAUUUAAAGAGAAGGGGAUGUUGAGCUACAUCAGAUUCUGCUGCUAAAUACAUCCACGCUCACUCUCCCUCAUAUUCAGCCUCUGUAUUCAUGGCUAUUAUGACAAAACAUAUCUGAGGUAUUUUUGCUGGAUCCAAUUUACCUUCAUGCACAGAGGUUAUACUUUUCCUUGACCUGCUCGACCCAUUUUAAUAUUAACAAAUUGAGCAUUUAUAUGGGUUCCUUUCCAAACACGAAGUUGAUUAGGAAUUUGGGAAAUGCUGGUGAUUAGAGAUUAACCUUUUACAGAAUUACUGACAUAAACCAGAGCUAUUAUGGUAUCAGAAUCUAUGUAAAAGAAAGCCAACAGAAAAGCAUGUUUAGAGCCACGUAAAAGACUUUCCAUCCACCAGUUUACCUCUUUUUUACAGCAGAGAAAUCUGAUGAAAGGAAAGGAGUGAGCACAAUCCACCUCUAAAGUUAUCUGGAGGGAAGCAAGGGUACAAAAAUAUUACAGAAACCAAGCAACAAUCUUCUGCUGGCAUGACAGAGCCUGUAAUCGGGUGGGUGGCUGUGAAGAGCCAAGCUGAAUGCUACAGAGCACUGUAAUUUUAUUGCAGUGUGGCUGCUUUAAAGCAAACCCAUUUGCAAUGAAAUCUGUACUUCCGUGAGAACAUGGCAAUUGUUUUUGUUAUAAAGAUAACGUCACUUGUUGGCAUUCAGAAGCAAUUAUUCAGCCUUUAAGCCAAUUACUGCUCCAACUCGCCUUUACUGGUGUGACAGUUGGGUGAGAGAGGCAAAUGUAGCAGGCUGCAGUGGCUAAAGAACAGCAUCGUGUGUGCCUGUGCUUGGCAAACAGCACAUACUAUGCUGCUAAGGCACUUUUUAUUUUAAACCAUUUUGCUGCUCUCAUGUUCUUCACAUCCUCACGCAGUAACUACAGCCAGAGAUGUCCUUCAGCAUGGGUGCUAUGGGAACCCGACUGAUCCCGUGCCGUGACUGAGCUAACAAAGCCUAAACUCGAGAUUUCAAAGGUAAUAGAUGUAUUCUUGUCCUAAUUGCAAACCAGAGCACGGCGCUGGAGGAACGACUUAAAAUUAAUUUCACAGGCAGAGUGAAUCAAAGGUUGGUGGGAGGGAAGCCCUGAAAAUCCCAAAAUAAACUGCAAGAACAGCCCACAGCUGCAGAAUUCCAGAGGUUCGGAUUCCUUUAUCAGCUGCCAGCCUUGUGAAACACAUCUACAAUCAAAUCUGUUUGAAAGCUGAGAGCAAAGCACACUCCUGGGAGUAAACCCAAACCUGUCUCUAACUCAAUGCCUCUGCUGACAGUUUGGCUUGCCAAGAGGUCUGGUAAAUACUAAAAAAACCCCAUUCAUAAUGAGAUAAACAACCUUGGGAUUUUUUGUUCCCUUUUUUUCAAACUUUGCUCCAUCCUAAAAUUCAUAGUGACAAAGAACUGACUUCUCCAAUCCAGAUUAUAUCCCAAAGCAAUUUUCCGACAACAAACAGAAAUUUGUGGCUGCUGCUUAAAGGUUUGCAAUCUUCAUACUAAGGAGGCAACCACAUGUCAAAUGUUUACCUUAAUUCCAUGUAAAUAUCACCUCAUAUUGGACAUUCUGCAUUUCUCUGUCUGCAUCUGCAUCUGCUUUCAUCUUCACACCUAUUGCUGUCAGAUGAAUUCCUCAAACAACUGCUUGUGAUGAAUUUAACAUCUAAUUGCUGUAAACUAAUAAAGUGAAUAUGAGUCCUAUGACCCUAACCACAAAGAAAUGGUGGAGACAAUAAAUGAGUGGAAGAAA